GCUCUUCUUCUCCACCUCUCCCUCGUCCCCACCUUUCUCCUCAUCCCCACGUCUUUCCUCAUCCCCACGUCUUUCCUCAUCCCCACCUCUCCCCUCAUCCCACAUCUCCCCUCGUCUCCAUCUUUCCAAUCAUCCCCACAUCUCCCCUCAUCCCCACGGUCCCACCUCUCCCCUCAUCCCCACCUCUCCCCUCGACCCCACAUCUCCCCUCGUUCCUGCCUGCCUCUCCCCUCCACUCCAUGCAGACGGCGGGGUGGUCGUUCAACCAUUCCUGCAAACCGCACAAGCUCCUGCCGCUGGUUACCACAUGGCUGGUUACCACCCAGCUGGUUACACGCCUGGCUCGGAGUGGGGCAGUGGGGGGGAGGCAGUGUGGGGGCACUCUGCCUUUGCCCUGCCUUUCUCCCAUCUCUCCCCCGUCGCCCUCCCUGCCAAACAUCCCCCCCUCUCCCUCCCUCUCCCCCCAAACCCCCUCAACUUUUCAUGAUUCCGGGCUGGAUCACCCACAGGGACUCCUCCACCCUGCAGUAGCAGCAGCAGCAGCAGCAGCAGCAGGGGACGGCAUUCCCAAGCCUAGAAUCCCGGGCCCCAGGCGUCCCCCCAAGCCUAAGAUGUCGGCUCGGGCCAAGGCUCUCGCGGCGAGCAAGAAGGGCCACAAGGCAGUGCAUGGGGAAGGGGAACCCACCAGUGCAAUGGCGGCGAGAGGGAAGCAUGGAGGCGAUGGAGAGGGUGGUGUUGGUGGAGAGGAUGAUGUGGAAGGAGUUGGUAUGGGCGGGCAGGGAGGGAAGGUUGGAGUGAAGGUGAAGAUAAAGCGUAGAGUGAAAGUGAAGCUUCCUGAAGGGAAGAAGGUAGUAGGUGUGAGUGAAGGGGGGCGUGGUGAGAAGGGAAAGGAUGGUGAAUCUGAGAUAAGACGGCAGGGAGGGGAGGCAGGAGGGGAAGAGGAUGGAGGGGAGAGGAAGGAGGGAGAAAAGAAAGAAAGGGAAGGGGAGAGAAAGGAAGGAGGAAACAUAGAAAUGGGAGCGGAAGAAGGCGAGAUUGGGAAGAGAGGCAAGAGGGAAGAGAUGGGGGAUGGAGGGGAGGGAGGGUUGGCAGGGGGAAAGGCGGAAGAAGCAAAUAAACGGGAGAGAGAGAAGGGGAAGGGUCCGAGGAGAGAGGAGGGGGAAGACGAGGGGGGAGAGGGAGGGAGAGGAGGAAAGAGGGAGAAAAACGGGGAGGAUGAGAAGGGAAGGAGGCGGGCGGAGGGAGAAAAAGGGGGGUUAUAUAAAGCUGUACCUGCAAAGAGGGGGAGACCUGUUGGGGUGGAUACUGGCAAGGCGGCACCUGAUGAGAGGGUGACAGCAGCAUGCAAGGACAAGGCGCUUUUGGCUGCUGGGGCGGGGCGAGAAACGGUUGGAAGGGGUGAUAUGGAAGGAGAGAAGGACAGAGGAAAGAAGCAUGCAGAGAUGGUUGGAGGAGUGAAGGAUGGAGGAGAAGACUCCGAAAAGGCAGAGGCUGGGGCGACUGCUAAAGGGGGAGAGAGGCCAGGGUGGGAGAGGCCAGGGGGAGAGAGGUCUGGGAAGGGAGAGAGGGUGGGAGGAGGGGGAAGGGAGGAUGGGGUUGGUGAGAGAGAGAGGGAACGUCAUAGGGAGGGGAGGAGGAGGAAGAAACGUGAGAAGGAGAGAGGUGAGUUGGUGGGGAAGAGGGGGGAGAGAGUGAGAGCGGGAGAAGGGGAGGAGACGGAUGGAAAGAAUAGAGCUGUGGCAGAGAGCCAUGCGGAUGAGGGUGAAGAGGGCGGCGAGAGGGGCGAGGGGGCAGUGGGUGCAGUGGUGAGCGAGGGAGUAGCUGGAGGAGGAGAGGGCUCCAAGGGAGAGGAGAGUGAGAUGCGGAGGGAGAGUACGAUAGACAGGAGGCGACAUGGGGGCAGGGAGAGGAAGAGGAGUGGUGAGGAGAUGGCGAGGGGGGAAAGGAGAGAGGGAGGGAGGGGUGACGAGUUGGAACUGCAGGUGCAGGUGAAGGAAGAGAAGGGAGGGAAGGAGAAGCGGCUUGAGGAGAGGGGGAGAGAAAAGAGGGGAAGGGACGAUGGUGUUGUAAGGAGGGGAGAAGGGGAUGAAAGGAAGAGACGUGGGGAUGGUCGGGAGGAGGAGUCAAGGGAGGAGGAGGAUAAGGAGGACGAGGAGGAGAGCAGAAAAGGGGAGGGGGCAGAAAGGAUGUCGGCCCGACGGAGAGCAGCGGGAGUGCACGAGAAGGCUGGAGAGGAGGGGAUGAAGAGGGUGGGUGGUGAUGAGACAGGCAGAUAUGAGCACGAGGAGGGAGAGAGAGGGGACACGGAAAGAGGGAUUGCAAGAGAGGAUAAGGAGAGAGGGGAGAGAGGGAGAAGAGGGAGGAAGGGGAGGGAGGCGAGUGAGGGCGGGGAGGGGAGUGUGUGCUGUGGGCUGUGUGGAGGAGAGGAGGAGCAGGGCAGUGCGAGAGCUGCUCGCAUGGUGCCGUGCCCCCAGUGUGGUCGCAGCUUCCACCGCCACUGCAUGCUGGGAAUGGCUCACAACAGAGGCAACCUGGACUGGCGGGACUGGGUGUGUCCGGGGUGCAUUCGCUGUGAGGCCUGCCAGCGCUACGGGGAGCCGUCGUCCAUCCUGUGCUGCUAUCGCUGUGACAGGGGCUACCAUGCGGCAUGCACUCAGCUUCACACCAAGUCACCGUUCAAGGGCCCCUUCCUGUGUCCCAGGCACACGCAGUGCCACAGCUGCGGCUCCAAAGUGCCGGGCAGUGGCACGUCCUCUCGCUGGUUCUUCAACUACAUGCUGUGUGACGCCUGUGGCCGCCUCUUCGUGAAGAAGAAGCACUGCCCCGUCUGCCUCAGGGUGUAUCGGGACUCAGAGCCAACGCCAAUGGUGUGUUGUGACAAAUGCGAGCACUGGGUGCAUUGCGCAUGUGACAAUAUCAGCGAUGAGCAGUACAUGCAGUAUCAGACCAACUCAGAGCUCUCCUAUACGUGCCCUGCCUGCCUGGGCCACGCUCCUAGUGUCGCAACAGCUGCAGAGGCGACUCAAGAGCUCUGGUCUCGAUUCAAACGCCGCGUGGAGCAAAGCAAGGGAGGAGCAAAGGCAGGCGGGGAGGGGGCAGCAGAGGAGGCGGAGGAAAGCACUUGGUCUCGAAAGAGGGGGCAGAGAAAGAGGGGAAUGGCUUCGCUUCAUCUGAGGGAGGAGCAGCAGGAAGGGGAUGCGGGGUGGGAGGGGAGAGGAGAGGGGCAAGAGGGAGUUGAUGAGGAGGAGGAUGAGCGCAGGGACAAGGCUCCUCCUCCGUUUUCGGAGAGUGAGGGAGAGGAGAAUGGGGGGGAACGGGGAGGAGGAUUGGGUGGUGGUGAUGGUGUUGGUAGAAAGGGAAGGAGGGUGGGGUUGGGGUAUGUUGCAGGGUCUGCUGGAAAGGAGCAAGGGGAAGGAGAAGAGGGUUUAGGGAAGAGGAAGAGGAGGAAGGUGGUAGGGGAGGAGGAGGUGGGGGAACUGGAAGAGGGAGGGGAGAGGAAGAGGAGGAGAUGGAAGAGUGGCAAAGGAGAGGAGGAAAAGGUGGGGGAGGGAGAGGAAGGGGGUGAGGGAAGAGGGGAAGAGGGGAUUCGAGUGAGAAUAAGGCUGAAUAGGAAGAGAGGGGAAGGUGUGAGGGUGGAAGAGCAGGAGGGGCGACACGAGGGGGAAAGGAGGGGCGAGGGGAGGGAGAGGAGGAAGAGGAAGGGAGAGCAUGAGGAAGCAAAAGAAAGAGGCGAAAAGGGGGAGAAGGAUGGUUCGGCAAGGGAGGAGAAAAGGAACGAUGAGAGAAGAAACAAUGAGAGAAGUAUGAAGGAACGAGUUUCAGCAGAGAAGUCUAAUGAGUUGGGAGAGAGGAAAGGAGGGGACGCAGGAAAGAGCGAUGAUUUUCAUGAAGAGGUGACGCGAAGCAAACGGAGGAGGAAGGGAGGGAAGGAGGAGGAGGGGAGGGAAGGGGCCAAGGGAAGGCAGAGGAAGGAGGGAGAGGUGGAGGAAGCAAGGAGAGGAAAGAGCGCUGUGAUUGGUGUGAUGCAAAAGGAGGUUCAGGAGAGGAGUGAGGGAGGCUUGCAAGAGGAGGGUGAGGAGGGGAGGGGCAAGGGUGUGGAUGGUUUGACCAAGGAGGGUGGAGCACAAAAAAGAGAGGGGCAGAGGAAAAGGCAAGGGGAGGUGCAGAGGGAAGCAGAGGAGGAGGAAGACUGUAAGGAUAACAAUGGAGACAGGGGAAAGGAGGUGGAUGGUGAGGGGAAGGAGCAAGCUGGGGAGAAGCAUGGGGAGGAAAAAGUGGGGGCGGAGGAAGGGGAAACAAUGGAGAGAAGGAAGGAAGAUAAGGAAGUAAAGAAGAUGCGCAGGAGUGGUGCUAGUACGGAGGGUCUUGGCCUUGAAGCGCCUCAAAAGCUGUCUCAGGAAGAGAAACAAACGCAUGGGGGUGGCAGUAUAGGGGGUUUGGCGGGGUUGGAUGUUCUUAUAGGGGGGGUGGGCAGGGGGGGGGGUGGAGGUAGCAAUAGUGGGAGGGGGAGGGGCGAAGAAGGGAGGAGUGUUGAGAAAGGUGAGGAAGGGAAAGAGGAUGGGAAGGGGGGUGGGAAGGGGGAUAGCGUGGGAGAUGUGGAGGGGAAGAGGGGGGACAGUGGGGAUGGAGAUGGGGAGGGGGCGGCCGGCAAGGAUGGGCCCAAAAGGAGGCCUUGGGAUGCCUCUGUCACGGCUGGGGUGAGGGGGUUGAAGCUCAUGAUUCGCAAGUCGCAUGGGACGGGAGGGGGGUGGCAAGGGUAG